AUGACCACCAUCAUAGUCAGCUACGCCUCAGAAAGGUUCGGCCUGAUCGAGAAGUGUAACAACAAGACCCCUUACACCAUGAACCGCAGGGCCAUGAAGAUUCAUCAACUGCGCCAGGAGCUCAGGAGCCUUAAGAAGCAGUUCAAGAACGCUGAUGCCGAGGAGAAGCAAAAGGGGGGGAUCCCAGGAGUUCCUGGUUGCCUAGAGCACACUGGUGUAGUUACACACCUUAUUAGAGAAGCCCAUGAGAACAGAGGCGACCUAUCUGUAUUGUGGCUGGACCUGACUAAUGCGUAUGGGUCAAUCCCACACAAACUGGUUGAGCAUGCUUUACACCUCCACCAUGUCCCCAGCAAGAUCAAGGACCUGAUCCUGGACUAUUACACUAAUUUCAGGCUUAGGGUCACUUCUGGUGCUGUUACUUCAGACUGGCACCGCCUCCGGAAAGUUAAGAGCUUGGGGAAACUCUUAGACUCCAGCCUGAAAGACUCUACUGCCAUUCAGAAGGCAAAUGAGGAGCUGGGAGCGUGGCUCAUUAAGGUGGAUAAGUCCGGCCUGCCUGGAAGAUUUAAAGCCUGGAUCUACCAGCAUUCCAUCCUGCCCCGAAUCCUGUGGCCCUUGCUUGUCUAUACAAUUCCAAUAACUACUGUGGAAUCCCUUGAAAGGAAGAUCAGUGACUUUCUUCGUAAGUGGCUGGGACUUCCCCGCAGUCUCACCAGCGCUGCCUUGUAUGGGGCAAGCAACAGCGUGCAGUUACCCUUCAGUGGUCUCACAGAAGAGUUCAAGGUGGCUCGCACACAAGAAGCCCUACAGUAUAGAGUUUCUAAAGACUGCAAGGUGGCAUCAGCAGGUAUUGAGGUAAGGACAGGAAGAAAGUGGAAGGCUGAGAAGGCAGUUGAGGUGGCGGAGUCACGCCUAAGGCAGAAAACACUGGUGGGGGUCUUAGCAACAGGGGGAGCAGGCUUGGGGUACUUCCCAAAGGCCCAGGUCAGCAGGGCACAGGGAAAGGAGAGACACCAGCUACUCUAGGAAAAGGUCCGAGCAGGUGUGGAGGAGGAGCGAGUAAGUAGAGCUGUAGGCCUUAAGCGGCAGGGAGCAUGGACAAGGUGGGAGAGCACCUUGCAGCGGAAGGUCACCUGGGAAAACAUCAUGCAGGCAGACUUCCACCGGAUCCGAUUCCUAGUGCAGGCAGUAUACGACACUCUGCCAAGCCCAGCAAACCUCCAUCUGUGGGGAAAGAGCGAGACAACUACCUGUCCCCUGUGCUCUGGAAGAGGGACCCUAGAACACCUCCUUAGCAGCUGCCCAAGGGCCCUGGCCGAUGGUCGGUAUCGUUGGCGGCACGACCAGGUGCUCAGAGUAGUUGCUGAAAAGAUUGCCUCAGCAAACAGCACCAGCAAGCAUCAUCAUGCUCCGAGGAAGGCAAUCUCUUUUAUUAAGGCUGGAGAGAAACCCCAGGUGCGCCCACAUUUGACAACUGGCCUCCUCAACACAGCUUCUGAUUGGCAGCUACAGGCUGACCUGGGUAAACAACUAAAGUUCCCUCAGAACAUUGCAAAAACAUCCCUCCGGCCAGACAUGAUAAUUAUUUCUGAGGCCUCAAAACAGCUGAUCAU